AUGGUGGCGACCUUCACUGCCUUUGUGGGAGCUUGGCUUGCAGGCCUCCAUUGGGCUUCGGCGACUUCGGCGCUCGCUGCGCGGUUCGAUCAGGGCCUGGCGGAGAAGUAUCUUUGGAUCCAGCAGCUCACAAUCAUGCCUGCGGCCGAAUUGGCACGAAUGGAUUGUGGCUUAGCAUGCGAGAUGCUGCCGGAGGUCGCGCAGGUUCAUGUCACGGAGGACAGUGGGCCGCUCAACACCCGGGGUCUGGUGGCAACCUACGGAGGUGACGACUGCCUUGUGAGCUUCAAGGGCUCCACCAGCAUCACCAACUACCUUCUCGGGGAUUUCGACAUCCUUCUGGACCGGCCCUUUAGCUCCUGCCCGGACUGUCGCGUUCACAAAGGAUUCUACAACAGCUGGCGCAGUCUUCAAGACGAAACACAGCGAGCCCUCGAAGAUCUGGGAUGCGACAAGAAGCCGCUACGAGUUUCUGGCCACUCCCUAGGAGGUGCCAUGGCGCUUCUGGCGGCCUUCCAGCUGUCCGAGAAGUACCAGAUCAAGGAGAUCUACACUUUUGGUCAGCCCCGCGUGGGCAAUGAGGCGUGGGUGAACGCCUUCGAAGCUCGCAUGGCCAACGCAUCGUUUUUCAGGGUGGUGUCCUACAUGGAUCCCGUUCCUCAUCUGCCCCCUUCCUGGCUCAUGGGCUACCGGCACGUUGGGGCGGAGGUAUGGUACAACACCACUUCCUUGGGAAGCCCUGCCUUUUGUGCCGCAGGCCAGGAGGACUGCAGCGGCCAGUUCUCAGUGUUGCGCUGCCUCUUCCACACCUGCGACCACUGCUCCUACUUGGGACUGAAUCCCUGCAAGCCAAACGACCCCCAUCCUGCUUGCCUGCAAGGUGCUGGUUACAGAUGA